CCUUCUCGCUGUGUUAGCCUUGCCCCCGUGUUGCUGAAGCGGAAAUGUGCUCCAGUCUCCCAGCACGGAGGCAUUUUUGCUUGAUUAUGUUCAGCGAUUCGCGUUGUGCGGACAGAACAGCGACCGAAAGCCGCCGAGGCUCGCAUGGCUUCGACAGCGAGCGACCUUGAGAGGAAAGCUGGAAGGGAACCAGCGCUGUUGGAGGGUCGGUAGGGCGGGAGACGCCGGAGCGGAGCUGCGGUAACUUGGCGACCGUUUACCGAGCGGAGCAGCGGGGAAAGGUCUGGAAAACAAGCGGAGCGGAGUGAACUGAGGGAGGGGGGCGGUCACGGCGGACUCACCGGUUCUUCUCCACCCGUUAAACUGCUCACUGUUAGGGCUCGGUAACGUUAGACUGAGGGGGGCUCGGGGCCUGUCGUGCCCCCUGAAAGCGGGGCUGUAAUGCAGUAAGAGGAUCUGGUGGUAUCUGCGAGCUAAGCUACAUGGACUGUAACGUUAGUUUAGUGAAUUAUUUAGUCGUUUUGAGCACCGCGCCUCGCACACCGACACCGCCUGCUUCUGUAAACAUGCUCGGAAGGAAGGCGAGGGUUUAAAUAGUCCGUUUGAUGGGAAACGAAGAGCUCUGGGUUUGGGACGAGCCCAGGAAGGUGCGAGCGUGUGGCCCGUGUGGAGUCAUGCGUUGGUGGGGGAGGAUCGGAGCGGGGAGCUCACAGCAGCCCACAUCGCUAAUGGGCCACAGGCACUGAAAACAACUAACAGCUAACUAUAGCUAACUCACUGGCCAACUGACACGCUUAGCACUGAAUAAAAAGGUGUUUACCUUGGCUAAGUAGCUAACGUUAAUUAGUUAACCCAAUUAACCAGCUUACUAAAUGCACAUGAUAGGCUUCUGAGAUUAACGUUAAUUAAAAACAAUAAUUAAUCUCAAGUUUAGCUUGUCAGUUGCUUGCUUAAUUGGAACAAGACCAGAGCUAACUAGCUAAACUAUAACACUAGCUUAGCUAGCAUUAACUGAGCUGGCUGAUUAGCUAACCUAACCCUAGCUAAGUCUUACAUUUCUCCUAAUUCACACACAAGCUAGCCUAGUUAAGAGCAAGAUAACUAGCUAACUAACAUAGUUAGGUUAGAUAAGGCAGCUAGCAAUCAGUCUGCCACUCACUGUCUGUGAAUUAACUUUAGCUACCGUCCAUUCUCAAGCCUAGUAUUUAACCUAGGUAGGUAAUAAGGUCCAUUUCCACGCACCUCCCUGUCCCCGCACGCUCAUGUGUCUUAGCUAGGUAACUAAAUGCCUCACUGAUCUGCAACAUCAACAUCACUGUCCAUUAGCCCAAAUGGCGUCGUUUCCAGACUCGGACCUGCAGACGUGUCCUCUGUGUAAGGAGCUGUGCGGCUCCUCCGCUCCGAUCUCCUCCAGUUCAUCUACCUCUUCAUCCUCCUCCCAAACCUCCAACUCCUCUACCUCAUCCACCAGACGACUCCACGUCCUGCCCUGCCUCCACGCCUUCUGCAGGCAGUGCCUGGAGGGCCUGAGGAGCAACGGCGACCCCCUGAAGCUCCGGUGCCCCACCUGUGACCAAAAGGUGUCGAUGUCCGAAUCUGGCGUGGACGCCCUGCCCUCCUCCACGUUCCUCUUCAGCGACCUGCUGGACGUCGUGGUGUCCUCCGAGGAUCCGGGCAAAGGGAGCAACUGCCGGGUAGGCGGCAACCCCCACGGGGGGCUCCUGCGUGCGCAACACCUCGGGGACCCCCAGUGCAGCUCCUGCGACGAAGGCAACCCCGCUACCUCGCACUGCCUGGACUGCCAGGAAUACCUCUGUGACAACUGCGUGCGGGCCCACCAGAGGGUCCGCCUGACCAAAGACCACCUCAUCGAGAGACUGAUGGAGAGUCUGCAUCUGGCGGGCCGGACCAAUAGCUCCUCCGCCCAGCUCAGCCUGUCCCAGUCCUUCCACAGCUUCUCCCUGCUCCCGGUGUUCCAGGACCGGGUGGACUACUGUCAGCAGCACGACAAUGCGGUGCUGCGAUUUUUCUGCGAGAGCUGCUCCAUGCCCAUCUGUAGGGAGUGCAGUGUGGGGAGACAUGUGGGCCACAGUGUAUCCUACCUGCAGGAUGCACUGCACGACUCCAGAGCGCUCACAAUCCAGCUGCUUGCUGAUGCACAGCAAGGUAGACAGGCUGUACAGCUGAGCAUUGAGAAAGCCCAAGCCAUCGCAGAGCAGGUGGAAAUGAAGGCCAAGGUGGUGCAGUCAGAGGUGAAGACCACCACACUACGCCAUAAGAAAGCCCUGGAGGAGCGCGAGUGUGAGCUGCUUUGGAAGUUGGAGAAGAUACGUCAAGUAAAGGCCAAGUCACUGUACCUCCAGGUUGAGAAGCUCCACCAAAAUCUCACAAAGCUGGACAGCACUAUCACCACAGUGACCAAGGUGCUGGAGGAGGGCCGCAGCAUAGACAUCCUGCUAGCCCGCGAACACAUGCUGAACCAGUUGCAGGAGCUCAAAGCACUGCGCUGCAUUCUGCAGCCACAGGAGGACGAUCGAAUUAUGUUCACACCUCCAGAUCAGGCGCUUCUGAUUGCAAUCAAGUCCAUGGGCCUCAUCAGCAGUGGAGCUUUUGCAUCUGCCACCAAAGCUCAUGGGGAAGGUCUAAAGAGAGCUCUACAGGGAAAGCUUGCCUCAUUUACAGUGGUGGGCUACGACCACGACGGAGAGCCGCGGUUGUCUGGUGGUGAUGGCGUGUCUGUGGUCCUGAUGAGUCCAGAUGGAAUCCUGUCGAGUGCCGAUGUGUCUGACCACCAAGAUGGCACCUACACAAUCAGCUACCUCCCCAAGAGUGAGGGUGAGCAUCUGCUCUCUGUGCUGAUCUGCAACCAGCACAUUGAGGGAAGCCCCUUCAAAGUCAUGGUCAAAUCUGGACGCAGCUACGGAGGCAUUGGUCUCCCUAUUGCGUCUUUUGGUGGAGAGGGAGACAGCGAGGGCCAGCUGUGUCGACCUUGGGGCAUCUGCGUUGAUAAGGAAGGCUAUGUGAUCGUUGCUGACCGAAGCAACAAUCGAAUACAGAUCUUCAAGCCAUGUGGCACCUUUCACCACAAAUUUGGCACUUUGGGCUCACGGCCUGGCCAGUUUGACCGGCCCGCUGGGGUUGCCUGCGACAGCCAGAGGAGAAUCAUUGUGGCUGAUAAGGACAAUCACCGCAUCCAGAUCUUCACCUUUGAUGGCCAGUUCCUUCUCAAAUUUGGUGAAAAGGGAACCAAAAACGGGCAGUUCAACUACCCCUGGGAUGUGGCCGUUAAUUCAGAGGGGAAGAUUCUGGUCUCAGACACGCGCAACCACCGAGUGCAGCUGUUUGGGCCUGAUGGAGUGUUCCUCAACAAGUACGGUUUCGAAGGCGCCCUCUGGAAGCAUUUCGACUCACCUCGAGGAGUUGCCUUCAACCAAGAGGGCCACCUUGUUGUGACUGACUUCAACAAUCAUCGCCUGCUCGUCAUAAGGCCUGACUGCCAGUCGGCCCGCUUUCUUGGCUCCGAGGGAACAGGAAAUGGGCAGUUCUUGCGUCCGCAAGGUGUAGCCGUAGACCAGGAGGAUCGCAUUAUUGUGGCUGAUUCGCGCAACCAUCGAAUUCAGGUGUUUGAACCCAACGGCAACUUCUUAUGCAAGUUCGGGACUCAGGGUAGCGGCUUCGGGCAGAUGGAUCGCCCAUCGGGUAUAGCCGUUACCCCUGACGGAAUGAUUGUAGCCGUUGACUUUGGAAACAACCGAAUCCUCAUGUUCUGAGCUACUUGCGCGAGGUUUGGAAUGCAUGGUAGCUGAGGAGGUUUAAAAAGAAAGAAAGAAAGAAAGAAGAUAUAGGUACACACUAAUCAGGAGCAAACAUGGCUGAAUUUUGGAAACAUGGCAGUACAGAGCCUUUUACACAUCUAUAUCUAUUUAUCAUGAUUGUAGUAUAAUUUGCGCUGCUGGCAAACGUGUCCCUGUCGUACACAAGCCAUUUGUCCGAGUAGGAAUAGAGCAAAAAGACUGUGGUUGCUACUAGUUUAGGCUAUUUUGCUCUUGAUCUGUGUCUUGAAAUCUUUCUUAUUUGUUUGAUUUUGUUCUCAGGGAAUUUCUAGCAUUCUUGAAAUAAUUUUCUGUCUCUGCAUUAUACCUACCUCAUCUAGCCUAUGUAUGAAUGUACUCUCUUGUGUGUGCAGAGUCUGUGAAGUUUUAUAAAGAAGUCUACCUCAGUGCUUUUUUAUUUGUAGAGUCAGAGAACAUAACAUAAGAAAUGAAGCAAUGUUUGGUUGAUAUUUGCACAGCUCGCACAAAUUUCUCCUGAUUGUUACUGUGCACAGAACACAGGUUGGACCCCUGAAUGUUAGAGUACAGUGAUCCAAAAGACUAGGGCUGCAUGUUUUGGCAGAAACGUUUGGAUAAUGUUUUGAUAAAUCUACUGUUGUUGUUUCUUUUUGGUUUCUUAAUUUCAUUUUAUGUUUUUAAAUUGGUUUUCAUUUGCAUCAUACCUCAUGUUUAACUUCUUACCUCACAACUUUAAAUGUACCUUAGUGUACAAAUGCCUCAUUUUGCAUACCUCACUUUCUGUUGAUUUCCAUUUAAAACCAAUUAUGCAAGUCUAUGGAAACAACAACCAUCUACCAAAAUGUAUGAUGGCCUACAGUAUGAAUAAUAGGCUCUUACUGAACUACUUGGUAGGUUUUUCAGUAUAUAACAGAGCCCAGAGUUUAACUGCUUGCUCUCACUUCCAGAGAAUUCUAUGAAGAUUUGAAGAAUUGUUUUUGUUUAGUUGAUUUGUGAGUUGUUGUUUUUUUUUUUUUUCUUCUUUUGGACUUAUGAUGAAUCAUCCCUUGUUUUUGUUCAUUUUUUUGUUUAUUUUACCUGUAUGUUCUUCAUCUAAUGCAACAUUAGGAUGAAGUGAAGUUUAUCAAAAAAAAAAGAAAAAAAAAAUGAUUUUUUUGGCACAUUGCUGAUUUGCUGUAGAUGGCAAACAUGGAUGUAAUCCAAAUCUUGUAGGACUACAUAGUUUAUUUUGAUGAAAGUCCUUUCCGAAUGUAUUUAUUGGCCAAAUCCUGAAAGAAAGAGUUAUGACCUAAAUCUUCUGGGAGACCAUUCGCUCUGUUGAUGGAACACAGUUAAAAACAUCUCAAAUCAUUUGAGCGUGGUCUAAAAUUAGAGAAUUUUUUGCUAUAUUUGUGGGGAUCCACUUUAAUGAAUGAGGUUGCCUGCUUCUCUCCUCACUGUCUAUAAAAAGAGAGUAUUUAAAAGCAACAAAAAAAGACCAGCACUGACAUCCAUCAGAAUAGUCUGGUUGCUGGUUGCAGUCAGUGUAGGGAUAGGGAAUUUUAAAGUCCAUUUGCAACUAAAGGUUUCCAGUGAAUUGUGGCAAAGUUUCACUGAAAGGCAGUAAGUAAUAUAUAGAUAUAUUGACCACAUUCCCCUUACAGGGCCUAAAUCCCAAAGUCUGCCUGUCGGGUAUUGCUGUUGGUCGGCUCCUUUCUCUUCUGGACGGUCAUUUCCUGUCUGUUAAGCUGCUUUUGCAGUGGCGGAGGUGAGAUUUACGAGGGCUUUUUCUUGCUGAUGGUGUGUCACUAGGUUUCUGCUCUUAGGUCUGGUACAUAACUUAAGAGUCUGUCUUUCUAACACAGAAGGUUAAAAAAAGGAAGAAAAAAAGACGAGCACAUUUGUGAGGCUAGUCGUAUCUGGCUCCAAUUUAGCAUUAAAACUAGGCUGUAUUUGUUUUAUGCAUACCAUAUUACCCUUCAAACCAGAAGAAUAUUCAGAUUCUUGGCAGCUUUUUUUCCAUGGCUAAUGUCGUCACGGUGUUAUACUGACAGUAUUUCUACUAGAGAGACUGCUGCUUUUUGCACCCGUUUGCUUGAGAUUCUUUUAAAUGCAUCAGAAUUCUGUCUUGCCAAACGGUGACCAUUGGAAAUGGGCAUGUGCCAAAACAGGAAUGUACGUGGACGUUGGUUCUGAAGCUGGUCUUUAGAUUGGAACACUUGACCCUUUUUUCUAUCAAUUUCUAUUCCAUAUAUGACUUUACCUUUACACUGCAGUACCUUAAUAUGUACUGCAAAUAAAGUUUAACAUCCGUUUUGCUGUUAAUCAGGAAAAUUACCUGUUGAGAGGAAUAGAGCAAAAUAAUGGAGGCAUUGAACAGCAAUGAGAUAAAUUACAGUGAAUUUUGCUACUUUGAAAUCUACGUAUAGAUUCAGUAUUAAUGUCCAUCAUUUAAUAUGUUUGCGCUCUGUCCCCAGAGAUCCAAAGAAAUCUCUUUAAGAGGAAAAAUUGAUUAUUUUUGCAUGCUUUAAAAGCCCUUGUAGACAAGUGUGUAAAAAGAGGCGAUUGAGGGGAAACAAUGACACUUAUCUAUAUAUACCAAAAAUGUUCCUACGUUGGACUGUGUGUUGGAUGGCUUUGACUACAAGAUUGUAUUACUCUUUGAUAGAUAGCUUUACAGAGCAAGGUACUUGUUUGCGUGUGACUCUGAGAGAAAGGUUUCAAUUCAUGCCUUAACACUGCUGCAGUAUAUGUCAACUCUGUUUAGUUUAGUUUAGUUUUUCACUCUUUUGGAAUUGAAUCAGAGCCCAGAGGAACUGGAAACUGCCAAAGAACUUUCUCUGUUUUUUGGAUACACAACCUAUGGCUAAAGUUAUUAUGGGAUAUGGAUAAAUCAUGAGACUCCUCUCAUGAAAAAAUCAUAUGUCUUGUUUACUCUUAAAAAAGCAUAGUGUUGGUAACAAAUUACAUUUAAUCUAGGAAUUUAGGAUCUUGGAUUUAGGAUCUAGGUGGAGCUAAGGAGCCAUAUUGUUUAAGCCCCUCCCCUUCUGAGCAGUAACUCUAACCAGAGUUGAGCUCAUCAGUAUAUACUGUGCUUGGUGGUGGCUAUAAGGAAAGGUGUGUAACGCUAGAUUUAAGGGUGUUUUGUGGGCUAGUUCCCUUUGGCAGGACAUUGGUGCCAGUACAACAGCGAAAUAGGUACAACUGUCUACAUUAAGUCAUUGUUAUUAAUCAGACUCAAACUGUGCCCUUCAGAAUGUCUAAUCGCCACAUAUUAAAUAUUAUUAAUAUUAUUAUUAUUAUUUCUUGAUCGGACCUUUGGUCAGCAUCUGUACGGGUUAUGGUGUACGGGUUAUGGUGUAUUCCAGCUUUUGACUUGUUUCCUUACCUGGAUAAAAAAGCAGAAGGAAAAUGUAAACAGUUCAGAAGUGCAUGGUCUUUUUAUGAUUGUAUUAUCUACAAAGAAAAAAAACACAAAAAAACUCAGGUAGCUUUCUAGAGAUUUGAUUCAAAUUCAAUUUGUUUCUUACAAUUGGGAUAGUAAAUCCUUUGUUAGUACUUCAUAAAAGUUAGUAUCUAUUUUGUGUGUGCAUUUAUUGUAUUGAUCUAUAAAAAAAAGAAAAUAAUUUGCUGUUGUUGAAUUUCAGAGGAUCCUUUACAACCAAAUUUGCAAUUUUUUGUUAACUUUUAAACAGGGAGGUGAGCAAAAUCAGAUUUAGAAAAAAAAAAAAAACUUGUUCAACAAUUCAGAUAGCACUAAACCAACUGCGCUGAGAUAUUUUUGAUACCCAAAUGAAACACAAUCUCAUUGGUUACUGCAUAGAUGGGAAAUGUAUUCCAUAUACUGAAAAUCGAAAUUAACCAAAGAAGCAAACUGGCUGCCUAAAGACAUGAUUUUGCCUUGGGCUGCUUCAGAAAUGCCUUAUCAUGUUGGUUUUUCUGAUCGCAGUAGUCCACAUCUUUUGUAUAUUUAGGAAUCCAAAUUAUAUUACAGAAUAUUAAAUCCCCAUUUCUUUCAUUACAGGUUUGUUUGAUCAUUGUCUGAUCCUGAGCUUGGCUGUGAGACAAGCUAAGCUAUAAGGUAUAGAUAGGUGGUUGCCUAAGAUCCGACCUGGGAUCAGUUUUGCCUUUUAAAAUGUAAUGGUUAAGGUAGUGGGGAAAGUAGUAAAUGCAGAUUCCCGGUCUGUUGUCUUGUUGUCUUGGGGGGGGGGGGGGGGGGGGGGGGGUGGAUGUGGUAGAGUUUGGUGCCCUCAAAGAGGUCCACAUUUGGGUUUUCUCAUUCCGUACUCCUCUCUCCUUACUCUUGCUUUCUAAGCAGCACUCACCAUCCCUGAACCUUUCAAUCACAACAACAACAAAAAAAUACUCAUGGAUUUCUGUCUGGUUCAGACGGAGAAGACUGUAUGAAAUAUUUGGUGGUCUACAGUCUUGUGCUCUUGUCUUUGUGGACUUUAAACAUUUUUCCUAUGCAGUUUUUGAUUUUAUGUUUGGUUGUUUAUACUUAAAUAAACUUGUAUCUCUUGGGAUCCUGAA